AUGUCGUCGGUCGAAGAGGUUGUAGACGCCUUGUUCCGCGUUCUAGGUCAUCUCGCCAGCUCGGCGCUUGAUCUGCUCGAUGUGAAGCUGCGCAUUCCCAUCAUCUCCGACAUUCGGGGCGCGAUUGGAGUUCCCGAAAUCUCCUCACUGGAUCUUUUCUGCUGGAUCGCCGCUGAAAUAGAUGCCAGCCAGGAUGGGGACAAGGACCUUUUUUUCCUUGAAAUCUCUGCAAAGGUCAUACAUGGCGCUGGCCACGGCGUGUCAGACUUCCUCUUGUUCGUGGCGACCUUUGCCAGCAGCGCCGAAGCGCUCUACCUGACGGUUGCCAAUCCGUGGGGAACUCCUUUCACCGUCCUAGGCAUCUUCGUCGCCGGCUCGUAA